AAACGAAGUAACCUAACUUUCGUUUUUGUUGUACUCGAGCGAAAAUCCGCGAGAUAAUUUCCCUAAAAAGCAAUUUUAUUUUGUUUUAUUUUCAAUAACACAAACCCUAUUUAUAUCGAUUAGGUAAUAUAAUAAAUAUAUUAAUGUUAAUCACGUUCCAUAUAUGUAACCAUGAUAUCGUAGGAUCAUAAUAUUAUUGUUGUUAUUUAUUAAUUAGAUGUUUUUAGUGUGUACGCAAAUUUAACAAUCGUUUGAAAUAGUAGUGUUUUAUCAGUGAUCAUUCGGUAUAAUAAAUUUGCACAAAUCAGUUUCGUGUAUAUUCAGUAGGUAGAAAAAGUCAACCUUUGGACUUUAGUUUAAUCGUAACAAAAUAAUGUAUAUUGGUUACACCGCUCCUAUCGUGGUUUUUGUGCUUUCAGUAAUUGUAUCAUAUAUAUUUGUGAUGAGUCCAACAGCUCAUGAGAUGGCAAACAAUGGAUAUGUAUUUAUUUCAAGUGCUGCGAAGGCCUAUGCUGUAUGCCAAAGAGCUUCAAAGUUAGUGCAAAGAGUUUUAUAUCUGAGAGUUAAGGAAAACACUGAAGCAUCAUUGCCUAUGCUUAGCAAACAAAUUGAAAAUGUUUAUUGUAAGGCGACGUCUCAUUACAAUCAUUUAGAUGUAAGACUGAUAUUAAAACAAGGUGGAGUGAGAAAUGAGAACACAAACUUUCCAAUUGACCUAGUACUGUAUGAUAGUGAAUUAUCUAGUGAUAUAGACAGCCUGAAGAACUCUGUGAAUACUAUAAGAAAUGGUUGCAGAGUACUAAAUCUUGAUGUUGAUGAAGAACCUGUCGGUAUUUUAGAAAAAGUAAGAACUUACGAGAAUGUCGUUUUGGGUGGUACCUUCGACCGGUUACAUAAUGGACAUAAGUUGUUGCUGUCACAAGCUGUGUUGCGAGCCACUAAGUCGGUAACUGUCGGAGUUACUGACGUCAACAUGUUACAAAUUAAAACUAUACCGGAACUGAUACAACCGGUAGACAUAAGAAUAAAAGAAGUACGUGAUUUCCUAAUGGACAUCAAUCCGGACUUGGAAUACAAUUUGUUUCCCUUAAGGGACCUCUACGGCCCAACGAAAGAUGAUCCUAAAUUUCAGCUAAUAGUGGUAAGUGAGGAAACGGUUCGAGGAGCUAAUAAGAUAAAUGAGAAGCGAGAGGAGAAGGGAAUCCCACCGAUGGACGUCCACGUGAUAAACGUCAUAGAGGACUCUCAUGCGUGCACUACCGCCGCCGAGGAAUGCAAGGUCAGCUCCAGUAACCAGAGGAUGAGAAUGCUGGGCAAAAUCAUAAGGGAACCAAAACCUAAUCCCAACAUCCCGGAUUGGCCGUACGUGAUUGGACUGGCCGGGGGUAUUGCCAGCGGAAAAACUCGUAUUUUGCAAAAAUUAAAGGAAAAAGGCGCGGCAAUUUUGAACUGCGAUACUAUCGCUCACGAGCUGUACAAACCGGGACUGCAACUCAACCGUACGAUAUCUGAGAAUUUUGGCAAGGAAGUUAUCACAGAGGCCGGAGAGGUGGACAGGAAGAAGCUUGGAUCUAUUGUGUUUAGUGAUAAGAAACAAUUAGAUAAACUGAACAGCUUAGUAUGGCCAGAGGUGAUAGCGGAGGCGCAGCGUCGCAUCAAAGCCUUAGGUGAACAAGGCCACCGUGUCGUGGUCAUGGAGGCGGCCGUGUUGGUGCGAGCCAAGUGGUACAAGUACUGUCAUCAACUGUGGUCCGUUAUCAUACCGAGGGAUGAGGCGAUAAAAAGGAUACAGAAACGAGACAACCUCUCAGCGGAGGAGGCGGCCAAGAGAGUGGACUCCCAAGUGUCUAACGAGGACCAUGUGGCCGUGGCCAAUGUAGUAUUCAGUCCAAACUGGAGCACAGACCAUACGGAUACACAACUUGAAGGUGCAUGGAAAGAACUGCAAGAGUAUCUAGCUAAGAGAAAGUAGGUAACAUGAAACUGGAAGUAGAAAAAUUAGUAAUUGUUACGGAUCUAAAGGGGAACCUAACAUACCCAAGGUGUUUUUUUAUAAAUUACAGCUUAGUUACGUAAAUUAUUCGAGCAACCUCGAACAGUUUCGAUCUAAACCGGGGCUUAUAUAAUACAAACAACUUUACAUCGCGCAACCAUCGUAAAGUAAUAAGCUGAUGUGCUUCUCUUUUUGUCGAAUAAUUUUUAAAGGGUGUUUUUUAAAAGUUUGUGAACAAUCGAACAGCGUUUAUUUAUAUUUCUGUUGUAUUUUGGGGAACUUAAAGGUGUUUUAGAAGCUGAAUUACUUGUAAGCUGUAAUAAAAAGCAACCUUAUUGGGCAGGUGAAGGCCAUUGCAACAUUUGAAAAGUAUUCACUCAUCAUGGUUUUUUAUACAAACAAAUCCUAAAUAAAAUGUUUUUAACUAAAUAUUUAAUCCUUGCGUUUGAAUAUUAUUAAGUUUCAUACAAAUCAGAUAAUUUAUUACUAUGAAAAAUAACUUGUGAGCAUGUAAAAUCGUGAUGUGCAAAUCUUUUAAGCAGGCUGUGGAACAAGUUCAUUAGGUCUGAAUGAUUCUUGUUCUAUUUCUAGAGGUAGCAUUGACAAUAAACGUAGCAUUUCGAUUAGUAAUAGUCAAUAGAAGUCUUUAAAUAAUUUUGAUAUAUUACCUAUGAUAUUCAUUUGUGUUAUAUAGAGGCCACUACAACCACGAAUGUGAUUAACAUAAUUCGUAUGAGACUGUGCAGACCAGGUCAGGCAGCUCCUUUACAAAAUACUUGUCUUAGGUCGUAGCCCAUUUUUUUCAUGCUCCUGAGUGGCCGGGUACUUUUUCCCACUAAUAAACGAAGUCGAGUUCAAUGUGUCGAACCCAAACUGAGUCCAAAAACACCAGGUGAAGAGACAAUUUUAUUUAUUUUGGUAUUAUCUAUUUACUAUAUUAUUCUUUAUUAUUUUUAUGUAAGUUGAUGAAACUCCACUUUUGUAACAAUAUUUAAUCAUCUUGCCUGAAAGUAUAUUGCAAAGAUGUUCAGCCAAGAAGACAAUUUACUGUUACAGUUUAGUUAUUUAGACUUAUUUUGUUAUUAUAUGAAGUUUCGUCAACAAUUUUUUUUAAAUAUUUAUAUUAUCUUAUUAAUUGUAAGC